AUGGAAUCGACGACCGUGGACGCAGGUGCAAUGGCAUCGGCCUCGAACAUCCUCCCUCAAGAGCAGGACUAUAUCUCUGCCAUGCCAGUGGAGAUUCUCCGCCAGAUCUUUGAGACACUGGCCACCUCGAGCACUAUCGCCGUCUUGCUUGGCGAUUCCUCACACCCAGCGUCCGAGGCUGGCCGCAGAGGCAUAGUCGCUGUUCCCUUCGUCAACAAGCGUUUUCGAGACAUCAUCAAACCACCCAAGCGUUCUCAGGAAGACUCCAAACCGCUUUGGCCAGAACUCAUCACCCUCGUCACAGUGCAGUGGGGUGUCCCUCAGCUUUCCUGGUUGUACGAAGCCGUUGUCGGAGUUGCUCCCAGAUACAACCGACUUAUCCAGUACUGCGAAGACACCGUCGAAACUACCGCAGGGAAGGCACCCCAGGAUUACCUUCGGCUCUCAGAUACACUCACCAUGACUCAAGUCCGACACAACGUCCGGCACGUUGAGCUACAUCAGUACCCUUGCACCCACUUCUACGCCCCAGACGAGCACCACUUGUUGUUUCAAGGCCUACCACAGCUUCGCACCAUCAGAACCAAGUAUAUGAUGCGAAUCUUCGAUGUCGAUCACAUCGGCGAUAAUUGCAAGGCUUUUGUGCUGCCCAGACGAACGCCCGAAAGCGCAGUACUAGGUCCAUUGUCCAAAGCAGGUCUCGUCUGUGUCAUACAGGACUUUCCGUUGUCACGUCCUGAGGAGCUCGCAUCACACCUGGAGGCCACUUGGGAACAGAACCGCGAUAUUGUAGGAGACUAUCUUCAGCGUUUCAAGACGGUACGCAUCAAGCAUGCCGAGACUAUCCUCGGCGAGCUGUCAGGCGAAGACAAUGGCAACGAGCCUAGUAUGAAAGGGAUUCUAUACGAGCAUGAGGGUGUUGGAAUAGUUGAGUUCGACAUGUUCAUCGAGUUGCACGUUCUGGGCGGAUCGGGUGGCAUGGAGAGCGAGCUCGAGCGGGUGAAGAACGAGAAGGCCUGA